GCGACCCUUCAAUUACAAAGUGGUAUGCUGGAUUCAGAAUGAAUUGUGAAUUUGGUUCUUUUAUAAAAGUGAUCUACGGAAAUAUGCGACAAGAAGAAGGAGUAAAAUUGACAGAAUUCAACUCAUUUGAACUUUUUAUGUAACCAACAGUAUCUUCCUUAUUGUUGGUUACCUAAUGUUUUAAAGGGUAUCCCCUGCAAACAUUCAGUCUCCCACAAACCGAUAUGGAACAUAUAAAGCAAAUUAUUUACUCGACAUCUUCGCUAUCAGCACAUAAUAGGUUAAAAUGUUUCCCGGGUACCCUUGUGACUCAGUCAUACAUCUCUUUAACUGGACACAGGAUCACUCAAAAUUACAAUCCUAUUCAAAGAUACUUUUGUUGACGUAAUAUGACAUGAAAAGAUACUGAUAAUAUGAUAAAAUUCUGAUUGUGCCGAAUUAGUGGUGAAUGAUGCCAGGAGUUGAAUCCUGUCUUGGCAGAGUUAGUUUAAAACUGGAGGAAUGGAUUCUAGAAAACAUUUGUAUACUUCACAAGCUUGCAGUACAGGAGAAGGAUGAAUCUGAGAGCUUCCUGACAGAGUUGAUGUUGAAGCAGUUGGAGGAGGUAGAGGACGCAGAGUUAUUGGUCUCAAGGGUUCUCUUCAGUCCUAGAACUAGACCUCCUUGGCAGGAUAGAAGGUGUAUCCUAGAUUGUAUCCCGGAAGAUUAUCAGGAAUUAACAGAUUCAUCAGAAGCAUCAAUUCAAAACUCAACAUAAAAAAUAUUUUCUUGAUUCGAAAUACUUUUAA